AUGUUAGAGGAUACGAGUAUACAACACCUUAUAUCGUGGUCCAAAAAAGGAGACCAGUUCAAUGUGCCAAACCCAACUACCUUUUCCAGAACAGUCCUGCCACAAUAUUUUAAACAUAGCAAUUGGCAGAGUUUUGUCAGACAGCUAAAUAUGUAUGGUUUUCAUAAAGUGAAUGAUAUGAUCCACGCAAAUUCAAGCCACCAAACUUGGGAAUUUAAGCAUCCACAUUUUAAACGAGGGGCAAUAGAAGAUUUACAGUACAUAAAAAGAAAAAAUAAUAACCAGAACAAUAUUACCAAAGCACGUAUGAUACCCGAUUUACAAAAAGAUGACUGUUCCGUCUAUAGUCAUUUGAUACACGUUGAGGACAGAUUGACUCAUGCAGUAAGAACUUAUCAAAUGCUACAGGAUGAAGUGAUAAUGCUGAAGACAUUGCUAUCAAAACAACAUGGGACAAUGAUUGAAUUCACUCAACUGUUUAGUGAUGUGGUUCAGGAUAGGAGUGCGUUUUAUUCUUUAUCUUUUGCAUUAUUUUUUUUAUAUCUUUUUUUUUUUUGCUUAUCCUAA